ACCGCAUUACCUUCACUUACCUCACCUUUAGGUACCUACCUGCCCUAAUACCUGCCUUACCUGCCCAACCAACCAACUUGCUUACCCCACUGGCUGAAUCUAUUUUUUUUUCUGGUUCCCGAUCGGUUCUGGACUUUGUAAACCCUCAAAGAUUAUCUUGGGAGUCUUGACUACCUACCUCCUUAGGUACCUACCACUACACAUUUACAAUCCACGUAUCUUUGCCACGGGUAGUGUUGGUGGUUGUUGUCAAGUGGAGGGUCAUCGUGACUACCUCGUGACUUGCUUGGCUGCUGCUUGAACUGACUUGGAACGUCAGGUCGGACCUCCUCCUAUUUUACUUGACCUUCAAUUUGCCUUGUUCGUCAGUGUCAGCGAACCCAGCGCCGAGUCCAUCAACCCCCCCGUUUCAGCCCCCGUCGCGUCGAUCCACCCUACAACCACUGCGCCUGGACUGCGCAAUUUCAAACCCCUUCGUUGUGCCAUCUUCUACGUUUCUCCUCCAAGAUCCCAAAGUUGUCAAAAUUGUUUGUCUCUCCAUCUAGACUAGUGUAUUAUUUCGUCAGUCACCUGUCAGACUAUCCAAGCAACCCACCCACAUCAAGACUUCUACUUGACUUUCCACAUACACACUCAAACACAACUGUACUGGUCUGCGCAAAUCACUGUACUCCUGCCGGAAUAAAGGGCCAAGCCCGGAGGCCACACAAUCGUCCGCUCCGAUGGCAUCGUAUCACAGGCCCCUAAGCUUUUCCGAAAGGAGGGGAAGCAUGUUCAAUGGCGACGAAUUAAGUCUCAACACCGCUGGCGGCGUCAAACUUGUUCAGCCCCGGCCUCCAAGAGGCCCACCGACUCCUAGCAUGAGCACUCCGGCAGACGAUUUCGACCAGACACUUACCGGCUCUCCUCCGCCUCCCCCGACGCCAGCUGCAUCGCCCGGUCCAUCACACAGCCAGCUCGACUGGAGUAACGCUGACGUCGGCGAGGACUUCUUCCUUGCAAAAGUCAGGCAGCACUUCCAACAUAGUACCGGCCCUCAGCGAACACGGAUCCUGGCCGACCUUCUCAACCUCUGCACCAGUCAGCAACUCAGCUUCGUCCAUCAAUUUGUCAGCCCGCUUCUCAAGAAAGAUCCUUUUACCAGUCUACCGGACGAGCUGUGCCUAAGGAUACUAUCCUUUAUCGAUGAUCCAAAGGUUCUGGCUCGGGCAUCGCAAGUCUCUCGCAGAUGGCGGGACCUUUUGAGCGAUGAUAUGACAUGGAAGAAUCUCUGCGUCAAACACGACUACGAGCGCAGGCUCUCCGAAGUGCAACCGCCCGUCGGUAUAUGUCUGACACGACCGGCCGCAUUACCCCUUAGUGGUUCACAUUCAGAUAGCGCGAACCGGAGCUUCCCAGGGGCUCUACCAACUCCUGCCGUCCGCAUGUCUGCUUCGUCUAGCUUCGAUGGUGCCAGCUCCUCUCGACCAACACUCAAGACUUACAAGUCGCAUUUCAAGCAGAGAUACCUGGUGGAUGCAGCUUGGAGGACCGGCGGCCGAAACGUGACACGCAACAUCACUCAGGAGGGAGGCGUGGUUACUAGUCUUCACUUGACACCGAAGUACAUCAUUGUGGCGCUUGAUAACGCCAAGAUUCACGUCUUCGACACUGAGGGGAAUGCCCAAAGAACGCUACAGGGCCAUGUCAUGGGCGUCUGGGCCAUGGUGCCCUGGGACGACCUCCUGGUUAGCGGAGGCUGCGAUCGGGACGUCAGGGUCUGGGAUCUCUCUACUGGUGCUUGCCUGCAUACUCUCCGUGGCCACACAUCCACGGUACGCUGCCUGAAAAUGUCAGAUUCCAACACGGCCAUCUCCGGUUCUCGGGAUACCACCCUUCGGAUCUGGGAUAUUCGUUCAGGAUUGUGUCGAAAUGUCCUUGUUGGCCAUCAAGCAAGCGUGAGAUGCUUAGAAAUCAAGGGAGAUAUUGUGGUCUCUGGAAGCUACGACACCACGGCCAAAGUGUGGAGCAUUUCCGAAGGUCGUUGUAUCCAUACCCUUUCGGGUCAUUAUAGCCAGAUCUAUGCAAUUGCCUUCGAUGGCGUGCGCGUCGCUACUGGGAGCUUGGAUACAAGCGUUCGAAUCUGGAAUGCUGCUACAGGUGAAUGCCAAGCUGUACUGCAGGGCCAUACGUCGCUGGUUGGCCAGCUUCAGAUGCGAGGCGAAACUCUAGUGACAGGUGGCUCUGAUGGAUCAGUGAGAGUGUGGUCACUUUCCAAGUUUUGCCCUAUUCACCGACUGGCCGCCCACGACAACAGCGUGACGAGUCUACAGUUUGACGAUACUCGCGUCGUCAGCGGAGGCAGUGAUGGUCGGGUUAAGAUCUGGGACUUAAAGACUGGUCACCUUGUCCGUGAACUGGUAGCACAGUGCGAUGCUGUCUGGCGCGUGGCGUUUGAAGAUGAGAAAUGCAUUGCCAUGGCAUCACGCAAUGGAAGAACCAUCAUGGAGCUCUUCUCCUUCAGCCCGCCGGAUGAGAUGUUAUACGAGCGACCGGUAUCUUUGCCUCAGCGCCCACACGAAGCCUCAGACCGGCCCAUGAGUGCAUUGCCGCUGGACUACUCUAAAACAAACACAUUAAUCCCGGGCCUUCCAAGGCGAGACUGUCCAGACGUCGAUAUGAGAGAUGCUGGACCGUCGACUGCACCGUUGCAGCAAUGCAAUUCCACUUUUUUCCACGAAGAGGACUGAGGUGCUUUUCACUUCUGGCAGAAAGAUUCGCUAUGUGACGCCACUGAACAAGCUGGUGAUUUUUCAGGUUCGCAUAGUGUUUCUGGCAGAAAACCUCCCAAUAUAUGAAUUGGUGCGUGAAGGUGUAAGGUUGCUAUAAUAUCGCACCGGAUAUGGGCUAGAAUCUUUUUGCCUUAUCAGCAUACAGUUCUGGUGGCUUUUUCAUGUUUAUGGUUGUUUUUGUUGGGCAUAUGGCUAGCGAAGAAAGGGGCAUGCAUCUUUUUUUUUUUUUUUUUGGUCUUUUUUUGGUACAUAAAACAUGGGCGGGCCUCUCGAUGUCGGUAUACGACUGAGAUUCAUACAUAUAGAUAACUAAUUUCUUCGUAUUCGUCUAGCGGGCGUUGCUUUCUUACUGGCUAUUUUCAAUGGGUGGCAGAAGAAAGAAGAGGAAGCCGUGUCAUCAGCAGUUAUCUAAAUCAUAAUACCUUUGCUCCUCUAUUUGUACUUG